AGGGACGGUGACGGCGACACUGACGGAGAGGUGAGGGGGCGUGCGUCCUUAUGCUUCGGCGACGAUGGAAUGACUAAUGAAUCAAUGAUGGUGGGCGGAAAAUAAUUGAGUGAAAAGGGGGUGGAGGGGGGGAGGAGAGGUGAUGGGGGGGGGGGACUGGCGGCCAGACGUGGCAGCCGCCCGCCACACACGCGUGAUUAGGGGGACUCUGACGGCGCUUGCCAUAGAAGUCGCCCUUUCCCUUUCAUUCACGGAAUCCUGGAGGGUGGGAUGACUGAGUGUUGCCAUCACGCGUUCCCUCCGACAUCUCAAUACAUCCCCUAUGGUCAAGGUCGUCGCGACUGCCGCACGAGAUCCCGUUACCUGUCCAUCCUUUUUACCUGGAGAAAGCGUCUGUGACGGCCAGGGCGGAGCGGCGGCCUCUUCCACUUUCACCGACCACCAGCGGCAUGGCUGACGUAAUACUUAUGUCGGAUGGCGGUCUUAUUACUAUCAUUAUUAUUAUUAUUAUUAUUAUUAUAGCCGACACGUGCUCCCUCCGAUAUCUCAGUACAUUCCCCUAUGGUCAAGGUCGUCGCGACUAUCCACGCCGUACCGCCAUAAUCUCCAGUCUGCCGACGUAUAUAUGUCAUGAAAAGGUAAAGUUUAAAGUCAGUCUGUUAGUUGACAGGGUUUAAAAAACAUGUCAUUGAGAGAUAGUGACGAUAUAUACGUAUACCUAUCUUCUCUUGCAGGUGGUAGGUCAUUUCCCAACAACACAACAACAGAAUUUGAAAACAGAAUCUUACCCAUUCAUUUAGACACCGGCAGGGAUUAUGAAGUCGGCCUGUGUAAUAUUUUAUUCCCUAAAUAUUUCUACUGCAUUGCGGAAGGGGAUCCAAAUUCCAGUAUAUCGUUCUAUGGUCGGGUUAAGCAGUCAGACUUUGAUAUGUAUGAAUAUAAUAUGUAUACCUAUCUACCGGAAAGGAAUAUCAUCUCCAAUUUUACCGAUAAGAACAUACCGGCCAUAACUAAGGCAAUUAAUGGACAGAUAGUGAGAGAACUUCAAGCAAUCUUGAAUGACUCCUUUAAGAUCUAUUUCCCUUACUCGGAUAUCAUUUAUUAUGACCGCGACUUGGAGCGGGUCGUUGUGAAUAACGCGAUUGUCCCUCCUAAUGACGAUCGUAUUUACAGUGAUAUAAGUAUAAAAUUUGCAUCGCAUAUAGCUCACAUUCUGGGUUUCAAUCCAAAUUUUCGCUACACCGUCUACUUUCAAAGAUCUGGCGACGGCAUUUCAUCUUCCGACGCCAGCGAAGCUUCCUCCUCAUCACCCAUAAAAUUAUUCGCUCAAUACGUACCGCGAGCUGAUGCAGGGACGGAUUAUAUGUACGUUUAUACCGACAUCAUUUCCCCCUCGCGAUUUGGCAACCAACUAGUUAAUAUAUUAGACGUCAUACCACUCCCCGGCGACAGCACCAGUAAAGGUGCGAAUUCAAUUACGUAUAAACCACUUUCUGCAUCAACUAUAGAGAGUGUGGCCAUCAAAAUUGCUAAUCAAAGAGGCAAACCUAUUCAGUUUGAAGAUGGGGAAAACAGUGUUACUUGCGUGUUACAUAUAAGACCACGUUAACUUUGCGUCUCGGACGUAAAAUUUUGAAGAGAAUCGAUCAAGGUGGGAUAAUGGGUGGAGUGGAGGAUAAUGAAACAGGCAGGUGUUGCCUACUUCCGAGUCAAGGCACGCGCCUCGCGACCAUCUGCGCGGGAAGCUUCAGUGUUUCCCCGCGCGGCAUGGCGGCCGGGACAAAGUGUUGACAAUGUUAUAGAAAAAAAAAGAAAAGAAAAUGGGUGUUCACUGUGGAACAGCAGAGGCGCGGAUUUUAUGUGAAGUGUGUGGGAGAUGGCGCACUAAUCCAUCCUGCCCCUCAUGUGUGGAAGACCAGUGUGAUUUAUGCGAGCGGUGUGGACUUCUGUUUCCACAUCCACCGCCAGAACACACCUGCGAAGUUGGCAAUCCUGCUUCUUCUGGCUCACACUCGAUUGAGGUUGAGCAGAACGCCGGCGUAGAAGGCCCACGUCGGCGGACGUCACAAGGCGACUUCCCACGCGGAGGCGGGGGAAGAGACUCGCCACGGCCGGGACCGAGUGGAUUAUCGGGGAACGUAUUCAAUUCUUCCGAGACUUCAAGUCCUUCACUACCUACACAAGACACGCCACAAGCGGAGGCGGACCACGAUGAGCGCAGCAUGGCAGGAGAGUCGGCGGAUGCAGACCUUGACGAGCGCGGGAUGCCGGAAGAGCCGCGGUUAAUUGACUCGAGGGAAAAUUUUAUGAGGAGCUUCACCAGACAUCAAUAUGACAUACCUGAUCAUGUAAGCAGAGAUCCACUCGGUCUACUUACCGAAUACAGGGAGUUCUUUAUACGGGAAAUUAGAUCAUAUUUCACGUCACACGGCUCGCCAUUCCCCCCCACCCUGAAAAUAUUUUCACACAUUUCUCUGUUACUAGUGAAAUUCUCUACCUUAGGCGAGGAUGAACAUCGAGUCAUUCAUAUUGCUUUUAGAGCACGACUGAUCACCUAUCAAGAUGUGCCUGACCUUGUUGAUUUAUGGAUCCAUCAGCUGAACAGUCGGCUGGAAAGCCUUACCAGCGAGACUGAAGGAUCUGGUUUUAUCAUUUCAAGAGUACAGAAUUUUUUCAUCAACUAUUGCUUGCAUGUCGCAUGUAGUGGCAUAGGAGAUUAUGUUGCUUAUCCUAGAGGCGUGCGAGGAGGGAAUGAAAUUUUCAAUCCUGAUGGCCGACAUUCAUCCUGUGUUAUUCAGUGUUUGGCGGCUUUCAGACUUCAUGCUCGAGGUGUACCUUGGAAAAGAAUUCCAAAAAUAUUACGGAGACGGCAUGGCGGAGAGAAAUACGUCACGCGCGGAAAAGUAGGCAGUCCAGUGACUUGGGAGAACUUGAGUCAGUUAGAAAGGUUAAAUUGUCUGUCUCUGGACGUUUAUACACUGACAAAAAGCGGUGAGAUAUACUAUUUAACAUUAUCAAGAAAAGGCUCGCGGAAGUAUAAAACUGUAGUCUCACUCCUUUUACUAGGUGGAAAACAUAUGACGCUCAUUAAAGACGUGGAGAAGCUGCACCGGAAAUUGACGAGAAGCAGUCCCACCCCAGAGGGUCAUCAGUUUUGCAAAGUAUGUUUCAGCUCAGUUCCCAAGUCUGUCAGUUUGAGCGAUCACGAGUGUCACUGCGACUUCACUCAAACUCUUCUCUUUCCAGGUGACGGUGAAAAAGUAAAAUUUAAAAAUUUUGCCUACACCUAUCAGCCUGCAUACUUAGCAUUUUUUGAUUUUGAAACUAUGAUAAAACCUAAGGAGAAUAGGAGUGUGAUAGCUGAACAUGACCCAAUUGGAUACUCGUAUCUCAUCAUCAAUAGGCAUGGAGAUGUCGUGGAAAAGAGAAGUUAUUUCGGUGAAGAUCCCGUGAAUAAUUUCAUUGAUAGCCUAUCCAAUGCUUGGGGAAUCAUCAAGGAAAGUGUAGUUAGCUAUCCAAUUAGCAUGUCUGCGGAGGAUGAAGCCCACUUCAAACGUCAGCGUCACUGCGAGCUCUGCCAUCAACCCUUUAAUGUGAAAACCCCACCUCAUAAACAUCACGACCACUCAUUACCACAAAAUAAUUACAAGGGGGCUUUGUGCGCGCGAUGCAACCUCCAGUGUCGUGACAUGAGGAAAUAUCUCAUCACUCUGGCACAUAAUAUGAGCUUUGACGUCUCCUUAAUCAUAAAAGACCUUCACUUGCCAGAGUCGCACGUGGACAUCCUUGCCAAGUCAGAAUCGCAUUUAUUGAAAGUAAGGAUUAAGGAAUUACAGUUUCAGGACACGCUUUCCAUUAUGAAUGCUGGCCUCGGUCAUCUCGCUCAGAGUCACGUGCAGGCGGGCUAUAGCACGCGUUACGCCCAGGAAAUGGUGAAUUACCUCCCCGAGGAUGUAAGGCGUGUAAUUUGCACUCAAAAACAGUUUCUUUGUUAUGAGUACAUCACCGACCUUGGCCGCUUAGAAGAUCGACAAUUGCCACCUCGUGAGGCAUUUUAUGACACGCUCAAGGGGAAGGCUCUGCCACCUGGAGAAUAUGAACACGCUCAAAGCGUGUGGAGUAUGACAUCCUGCCGCACUUUAGGCGAUUACAUAAGACUGUAUUGUGAGAUUGAUGUGGGAUUAUUAGCCGACACAUAUCUCAAAUAUAGAUCAUACCUGCAUGAAUUUUAUGGGCUGGACGUGUCACAUUACGUGUCACUGUCUUCUUAUGCUUAUGACGCUUUUUUAAAGUCGACAGGCGUUCAACUUGAUCCACCUUACGACCCUAACAUGUAUCACCUGAUCAAAAGAAAUGUACGAGGAGGCUUUGUAACUUGCGUCAGGCCACACCUGCAGUCAAACCACGAACCCGACGGUGGACCCGGCACCUAUGUGUUCUAUCUGGACUAUAAUUCAUUAUAUGCAAGCGUUAUGUGUUCCCCCCUGCCUAUGGGUGACAUCAAAAAGCUUUCUCAGUCAGAGAUGGAUGAUUUUUUUGAAGUUGGCAUCCAGAAUCAUGCGACAGAUGGCGACGUCGGUUACUGGCUGCAUUUAGACAGCUGUGACGUUUCCCCCGACGUAGCUCGGAUCACGGACGAGUUCCCUCUGUGCCUCGCACACAUGACUAUUACAGAAGAUGACAUCUCACCGUACAGUAAAAGACUGUUAGAAGCUGAGGGUCGUAAGCUGGGGAGGAAAAAUCGUAAACUCGUGGCCAGUCAUAAGGGACUGAAAGAUCAUCUCAUCAGUCUGGAAUUGCUGCAACUUUUACUCUCACUUGGACUGGAAAUACAAUGUGUUCAUGCUAUAUAUAGGUUCAGACAGGCUCCAUACCUGAAACCUUUCAUAGAAAGGAACGUCGCUCAGCGUAAAAAUGAGACGUGCGCCAUUAAAAAUCGCAUUUGCAAACUGAUGUCAAACGCAGUUUAUGGUAGAUCCAUGUUAUCUGAAGUGAAGUAUGGCCUCCAGCAGAAAUUAGUGACAAAAAGAAAGUCUUUCCUGAAGUAUGCAAGAAAUCCAUCCUUUAAAAGGGUCCACCAAUUAGGCGAGGACCGAGUCAUAUGUGUCAACAGUAAGAACACGAUUAAAAUCAGGCAGCCAAAUUACUUGGGAUACCAUAUUUUAGAAGUGGCAAAGAAGUACAUGUACAACUUUUGGUAUCGUGUCAUCAAAGCUAAUUAUGGGGAGAGAGCUAAAUUAGCUUAUGAAGAUACUGACAGUUUCAUUUUCAGUCUGCACAUACCUACAAACUUAAAUGAUGAACUGAAACAUGGACCCAUGGCAAAUUUUCUCGACACCAGUAACUUUGCUUCAGAUCACCCGUGUUUUAAUGGGGAGCGGAAGGGUCAACUAGGCUUGUUGAAAUCUGAAACCGGAUCCACGCUCAUCAAAGAGGCGAUUAUAUUAAAGCCAAAGAUGUAUUCGCUGCUGUUGGAAGAUGACAAGCAAGUAUCUCGAGGUAAAGGCAUUCCAACUCACCUUCAGCAAAAUAUAUUGCAUCAGCAGUAUAGGGAAACACUUAAUAAUGUCGCAUGUGGGAUGGUGGAUUGCUAUAAUAUCAGGAAUGUGAAAGGACAAAUUUGUACCACUCGUAUGCGAAAGCGAACGUUGUCACAUUUUGACGACAAGCGCUUUCACGUCGAUGGCUAUACCUCAAGGGCGUAUUAUCACCCCGACAAUGAUCCGCGGGAAAGAGAUGUGGAGAAUGAGAUGGAAGAGGAGGUGGCGGUGGAUGUGGGGGAGGUGGAUGUGGAUGAGGAAGAGGAGGAGGAGGAGGAGGAGGAGGAGGAGGAGGAAGAGGGGGAGGAAGAGGGGGAGGAUGGGGUAAUGAGUGGUCUGUGGCGUGAUCGGGAGAGACUUUCCGCGGCAUUAUUCACAUCAUGAUUAAGGGGUAGAGAAAGAGAGGACGCAGCUGCUAGCAGACGCCCUUCAUGUAAUGUAAAAAAACAUUUGCUCUGACCACGUAGGCUAAGGAAGAGGGGGAGGUGGAGGAUGGGUUGUGUCGUGAUCGGGAGUGGCCUUCCAUGACAUUAUUCACGUCAUAAUUAAGGGGUGGAGAGAGACCGCGGCCGCCAGCAGCUGCCAUUCAUGUAAUGUAAGAACAUUUGUUUUGAGUAUGGAGUUAAGGAGAGGAAUGAGGAGAUUGUUCAUGUACUGUAAGGACAUUUGUACUGUCCACGUGGGAUAAGGAGGAUGAGGAGGAGGAGGUAAUGUAAGAACAUUUGUACUUAGGUUAAGGAGAGGGGGGAGGGGGGGGGGAGGUUGAGGAAGAGGUGUGGGUCGGGGGAGAUCCACGUCAUAAUUAGAAGGCAGGGAUGAGGAUGCAGCUAGGAGGUUAGUUAUGCUGUUACCUACAUGACCAUGUAAAUAAAGGUUAAGUAAUAAAUACUGUAAACAUAUCGUAGCGUCUUUUAGUAACCCUCUGAACUUAACAUGGACAAGACAUUUAGCGAAGAGAUGCUGAAUCUCUUCAGAUAUCCUGCACGCAUAAUUAUUGCAGGUUAUACAAAUUCCGGCAAAACACACCUCUGCAAUAAAAUUAUAGAGAAAUAUCAGCAUGGAUUUAACAGAAUUAUCAUUUGUGGCGUCUCAUCGCAUUCGCUGCAGCAGAAUUCCCCUUUUCAAGAUAAGGUCGAAGUGCAUGAGAAAAUUAUUGAUCCCGUGAUGGAUGAUAACAGUCCAUACGCCGACCCGCAAACGCACACACUCCUGAUAUUAGAUGACAAUUUCCUCACGGCUGGCAAUUCUCAAACGAUAGCAGAGGCUUUCACCAAAGGGAGACAUAAAAAUUUGUCAGUUAUAAUGAUAGCACAGAAUGUCUUUUUCCCCGGAAAGUAUGCUAGAACGAUAACUUUAAAUGCCUCACAUUACAUUCUUAUGAAAAACAGAGAUAUAUAUCAAAUUGAAUGUCUGGGCAGGCAACUUUAUGGAAGGGAGCGCGCCAAACACUUUGUGGAAAUUUAUAAAAAUGUCGUGCUUAGACGAGAUCACGGUUAUUUGUUGUGUGAUUUAUCCCCGAACGCACCCGAAGAAAUUCAACUGCGCACGAAUAUUGUGGAUGAGCCACCCUGUGAGAAAGUCUAUCUGCUAUGAACGCCGUUUUGGACGAACUUUACCGGGAUAUGACGAAUCCUGCGGCUUUAGGAGGUGUGCAAGCACUCUACAGAGAGGGGAAGAAAAGGGAUAAGAAUCUAACACUCCGCGAUGUGAGGGCAUUUCUGCAGGGCAACCGCACUUAUACGCUUCACAAGCCGACACUGAAACGUUUUCCGCGACGAAAAAUUCUCGCUCCUAAACCGUCCGUCAUUUUAACUUGCGAUUUGGCUGAUUUUGCGAGGCUGCAGACACAAUGGCGGCGUCCGAUACAUCAUGUUUUGCCUGGACGUUUUCAGCAGAUACUUGAAAGUGGCAACGCUGACAAGUAAAUCCGGACACAGUAGCCUGCAAGCGCUGAAAAAAGUUCUAGAGUCGGGGAGUUUUACAGGCGUGUCGCGUCUUUUUACCGAUCAGGGAUCCGAAUUUUAUAAUCAAGCAGUGAAAAAAUAUCUAACUUUGAAAGGUAUUACCUUGUAUUCCAAUUACUCGCGUGAAACAAAGGCGAGUUUGGCAGAAAGGGUCAUCCGAACCAUAAAGACAAAAAUAUAUAAAUAUCUCACGCAGAACAACACACUGACGUAUAUUAACGUCUUGCCCACCCUAAUAAAUACGUACAAUCACACCCCACACCGCGGUUUGGGCGGCAACCAAACGCCGGCUCAGGUUCACCACCUCCGCGAGCUGUCACAAGUCAGGAAGCAAUUUAAACGAAUGUAUUUAAAUCGGCCAAGGGGAAAGAAAGUUGUCAGUCAUAAAUUAGACGUGGGAGACAUUGUACGCUUGCAACGUGCUUCCCGAACGCAAUUUAAAUUCAAUAAGGGUUAUACCGUCAACAAUACCGAGGAGCUUUUUAAGAUAAGUCGUGUGGAUUACUCACAUAAAAUCCCUAUUUAUUUCAUAAGGGAUUUGGCGGGGGAGGACGUGACCGGCGCUUUCUACAGGGAAGAAUUAAUCAAGUCCUCUCUUCCCUCACAUUACCAGGUCGAUAUAUUACGAUCGAAGGUCGAGCGAGGUAAGAGAAAGUACUUCGUCCACUGGCGUGGGUACCCAGAUAAAUUUGACAGCUGGAUAGAUGCGGACGACUUAGUAUAAGAUAUGGAUGAGGAAAAACCAUUGAUAUUGAAGUACAAGGAUUUGGUUUUUCUCCUCUCGCACGUCACCCCUAAAUUGCGGAAGCAGGUCUUGCAAAGUUUGAAUAAGCGCGAAGUCAAUUGCAUCUCGGAAAUAUUCGCCAACUUUUUGAAGAGACGCCUGACGGACGACGAUACCAUCAUUAACCGCCUGAAAAAAUUCAAGAGUGAUAUUCGCACUGUAGCCUUGAAGAAGACGCCCGUGUACAAGAAGAAAGCGAUUCUAAUCUCCAAACGAGGUGGUAACAUAUUGGCCGCGUUACUCCCGAUAGCCGUGUCGGCAAUAACAAGUUUACUACAGAGAUGAAAGAAUAUUGUUUAGUUCCCGUCUCAGUUGCCGAGAGGUGUAAGUUUAAACCGACCGACAGCGCAACUCAGCACCGAUUCACGUCAAAACAAGUCAAGAAAAAAAAAAAAACUUCACUUCCGCUACCGGCCGCCGCCCUCCCCGACGCCGCCAGCGUGACGCCACCACCACGCGCACCUGUCAAUCCACCCUUGGAUGAUUUGAUUCGAGUUGCCGUUCCUCCUUCCUUUAGAGAAUAUGGUUUAUCUCUCUUGAAAUUAUUGGAGGGUAAACCUGGGAUUUCAUGGGAUGAGCGCGGUAACUUACUUCCACCAUUUUCUGGCAUAAGCGUGUUUGAUCUCAUACGAGUACUCGGUCACGAAAAGGGGGCCGCGAAAAGACUUUCACCCGAUAAGCGUCCAUUAUUAUCACUGCUACUUCGCAUGGCGCAACUCCCCGCGGAUGCCAUCAGAAAUACGACUCAACGAAGUAAACUGAUAGGUGGCGGGGUCGGUGACAUCUGGGAAGCAUAUUAAAUGAGAAAGCUCCCCAUCUUACUCUGUAAACGAGUAAGUACAUCAAUAAUACAUGAGAGCACGUGUUAGGCGCGUCAGGGGUGCAGGCCCACGGAUGGAUAAUUGAUGAGGGUUAUGGUCAAAAAAAGGUUCACCCCCCCCUAACCCACAUCCCCUAAUAAAUAAUACGUUCCCCACCCUCCAUCCCUUCCCACCAACAAAGGAAAAAAAAAUAACACCUGCGUCAAUUUGAAUGAAUAAAUUCUACUACGCAGAAGGUGUAAUAUCGACCAAUACGUGCGAAUAAAGGUCUGCGAUGUCACAUUUCCCCCUCACUCCCCUCACAGAGGGUUCAACGUGCGGAUCAGCCCUCCAAUUACUCGUCAAGAUGAAGGUGGUCGAGGGCAAGCUGACCGAUGGCAUCUUCCGCGACCGCCGCUGUUAUAUCAUUUAUUCAGUAAAUGCCGUCUCCACCGAACCGAGUGGGAUUGCGCGGGAUCUCAAAACGAUUUACCCAUACGAGAAUACACAUGCAGCUAGAAAGAGACUCUACUCGCUUCAUCGGGCCACGGCAGACACGAGAGAUGACCCAGGACGUAUCAUUAUCCACGCGCCUCCCACAGGAAGCGUAAAUCUCCCUCACCUGGUGGCCUGCGUGACUCAGUAUGGUUGGGGCGAGGCCGUCGAGGGAAACGAGAAGGCGCGACAGGCAAUCGCGACGUCGAAGGAUUUGCCUUACGUGGAAGGACUCAAGAUGGAUACAAGCGUGAAUCGACGUCAACACUUCCAGAAUUGCCUGAAAAAGAUUGCCCUGCUAGCCAUGGCGAACGCUGAAGUAGAGCAAAUUAUUAUCCCGGAAGGACUGGGAUGUAGAGGUCGCUGCCAGGAUGAGUGGAAGAAUAAUUACCUGCCUAUGGUGGAAGGGCUGGCGCAGCGACUUCAACCUUUUGGAGUUGAAACUAUUCUGGUGAGGAAGUCUGAAUAACUAUAUCAUGUAAAUUUUAAAAUAAAGUUGAUGUGUGUUUGACAAAUCGAGUAUAAAUGUAUUCCUUAAUUGGGGUGACCGUUAUUAUUUAUUUUGAUCAUGGCGGGAGCAGCAUAUCAGACAGAAAUAAAUAGCCGGUGAUUAUGCUCGACGUCUUAUUCAUGACGUGACAACCAUCAUGACGAGAGCGUUCACACCUCCCACUCGAGCGGAAUACGACUUGCUUUUUACGCAAAGCAAAGGUGGAGGCUUAGACGACAUCCGGGUUUUUAUUCCACCCCAUUCAAGAAGAGGUGGCGGUCUAUUUUCCGUUUUGAGUGGCUUUGCUAAAAGAGCAAUUCCCUUUCUCAUGCGCACUGUAGCACCCGAAGCGCUCCAAAUGGGAAAAGGUUUAUUAACAGAUGUUUUAGAAGGGAAGCGACUUCGCGAAUCAUUAAGAAAUAGAGGUGUUGCAGCCGUGAAGGGUGUGGGGGAAAGGAUAGUUCGAGGCGGACGAGUAAUGAAAAAGAGGAAAGUUGGAGUCGGAAAAAAAAAAAAAAAGAGAAAACCACCAACCAGGCAACUGAAAAGAAAGACUUGCUAUAAAGCAGAUAUCUUCAAUAUUUAGCUUAGUCGCAAAGAUGACUCAUUACGGUCCGGAUGUGCAGGGUGGAGCGACCUCCACCCCCCUGAGCAAUUAUCUGACGGCCGUGAGUGAGAACUUUCCGCGGGUGAAUCGCUUGCAUACCAUCGAAUCGUCAGUCGCUGCGAGGGGAAAGUUGGACGUAUUACCCGUUAAUUUAGAUGCAAAUGCUAAUAAUCAUGCGGGGAUCAACGAUCCUUACAUUGAAUUUAGACUGCCUGGUAUUCCAGGGCAAUUUUUGGAUCUAUCAACGCUGUCUCUAGAAUUGCGAGUUAGCGCGACGAAGGCAGACGGCGCGCCACUAGACGAUGGCGAUCACGUCGUUUUUAGUAAUGGUUUGAAUAAUACGAUGUUUAAGUCAUGCGCUUGUUAUUUUAACGAACAGCUUGUGGAGUCAUCCUCUUUGUUCAA